AUGGCCAGCUCUCGCUUCUCGAGCCUGCUGCUGGGUCUCGUCGUCCUUGCCGUCUUGGCAAGCCCGGCUGCUGCGUUUGGUGCUGGAAACAUUGCUUCCAUCUCCAAGGUCGAAGGACAAAAUUGGCGCCACGGUGACAUUGAGGAUGCUCUGCUCUCUAUCGCCAUGGCUCGCGCCUUUAAUGGCAAGAAAUUUAGCAAGCACAACGUAUCUCGUGUCUAUUUCGGCAACUGGCUCCGCGACUAUUCCCAGGCAAUUGACGUCGGCACUGUCAAGGCUGUCUCCUCCGAGGCCAUUCGCCUACUUCUCUGCGUUCUUGGCUUCAUCACCUUUGGCUAUGGCUCUGGCGAGUUUGAAGUGACCGCUGAUCGAGUUGGAUGCUACCGUCCCGAGGACCACAUUGACAACCCCAAAGAUUAUGCCGACAAUGUCGACGCGCGCGACUAUUACGACCGCCUCCGAGGUCCUAUCGACGAGGAAGCUGAGCUUUCGAUUGAUGAGCGCAACGGCAUGAAGAAAUACAUUGCUUCAGAAUCUGAUAAUAUCAUGACCUCGGCCAAGCAUGUUCGCAAUCUCUUCACCCGCUGCAUCGAGCUUGGUCGUCGCUACAAAGACAACCAAAACAAGGCUGAUCGCAACGAGGCUCUCCGCCUCAUGGGCACUGGCCUGCACUGCUUGGAGGAUUUCUUUGCCCACAGCAACUACACGGAGCUUGCACUUAUCGAAAUGGGCGAGCGUGACGUCUUUCCACACUGCGGAACCAACACCAAGAUCCAACUCGAGGGCGCAAAUGACACGGUAUAUCCUAUUGUGACUGGCACCUUUGGUGGUGUCGACUUUUUGCACUCCGUUACCGGCGAAGUCUCCGACAAGCUGACUCAAAACGAGAUUGAGGAGCUCGAGGGAGCACUUGAGGGAAAUAAGCAGUCCGAUACUAGCUUCCUUCGCGAACUCCUCGACAAGAUUCCCGAUGGCAUUCUCGGUGGCGGCAACGAAAAGCAGAAGAUCGAUGAGAUCCAGGAAAACGCCAAUGCCGCCCAGAUGCAAAACACCUCUGUCUCCCCAAGAGACCCAGAGGAAUUCACUCUGUAUGUCAGAAACAUAUUUGACCAAAUCAUGCCCGCCAUCAAGCUUCACGAUGACAUUAUGAAGACCAUCAGCAAUGCCGUGGACAAGAUUCCGGUUUUGCCCAAGAUUAUCGAACAGCUUGAAGAGCAGCUCACACAAUUUGUCUUUGGCAUCAUGGCUCCCUUUAUUGUCCCUUUGAUUCGACAGAUUCGGAACGAACUCAAGACUGGCUCCGACGAGAUUAUUCAGAGCAGUAAGAACCAGCAGCAUGUUGUUUUUGACAAUGACAACAGCACCGACCCAACUCACUCCAUGCUUUCCAAGGAUCAUUUCUCCAACAUUUUGAAUGAGGUUGCUGGUCGAGGUGCUGCCAAGAUGGUCUCGUGGGCCGUUCCGCAGCUGAUGGAGGCUAUUGAUGACGACAAUGUCGAUGUUAAUCGUCUCUGCGACCGCCUGAUCUAUGGUGUCCUUCAUCAUCCUGCUCAGAGAAGCAUGGGCCAAGAUGGCGUCGUCGAGGCACGCGAGAUGAUUUUCAAGGUUGUCGAGGAGUGGUGGGGUCAAAUGGGCGAUGACCAGCGCGAUGACUAUCGUCGGAAGCUUUCUCGUGAUGGUGUUUUUAAGGGAGAGAACCACAAAGAGGGUGUCUACGAUACUGGUCACGGUCACGGAUGUGCUGGAAAGCUUGAAAUGCGCAAGCUGUAUGGUGCACCAGAGACUAUGGAAACUAAGAUCGCCAGUGCUGCAGCUACUGCCAUUUUCUCAAGCGCCAGCGGCGCAGUUUCCAGCAUUGUGGAGCAGCAGACUGGUAUACAGUUGCCGGGCAGGCAGGAGAGUGAGGAAUCGGGCGGCCUUAAGGGAUUCAUCAAAUCCAUCUUCAGCAAGGACGAAGACGAGGGCAGCAGCGGCCGCACAGACAACCAGCAGAGUCAGAGCUCGGGCAACUUUGAGGGUAGAAGCGACGGCAAUGGCCGACAGGAAUACAGCAGCAGCGGUGGUAGUGGAUACGGUCGACAGGACAGUGGCAGACAGGACGGUGGCCAUCGACAGGAAUCCAACUCUUACGGGAGCUCCAAUCAGAGGAGAGAUGACCACGACAGCCGCCGAGAGGAUAGCUACAGCGGUAGACAAGACGGUAGCUAUCAGGGUGGCGGCGGCAACGGUGGUUAUGGUGGACGCCAGGAAGACAGCUAUGGCGGUAGAAGCGACAGUGGCUACAGCGGUAGACAAGAGAGCAGUUAUGGCGGACGACAGGAGAGCAGCUAUGGUGGGCGACAGGAGAGCAGCUAUGGUGGCAGGGAUGAGAGUUACGGCGGAAGACAGGAGACUAGCUAUGGCGGGCGACAGGAGAGUAGCUAUGGUGGUGGGCAUGAGAGUUACGGCGGAAGACAAGAGAGUAGCUACGGCGGCAGAGAAGAGCGAUACGGUGGUAGAGAGGAGAGCAGCCAUGGCCGCAGCAGCGGACAUGGCUCGCGUCGCGAUGACAACUAUGGCGGAGAAGAGAGUAGCUAUGGUGGUCGUGGUGGUGACAGCUAUGGAGGCGGGAAUGAGGGUGGUUAUGGUGGCCGCGGCGAAGGAAGACACGGUGGCAACAGUGGCCGUGGUGAAUACGGCAGACAGGAUGGCUACGGUCGACGGGACGAAAGUGGUCAAGAUGAAGAAUACGGGCGACGAGAGUACGGUGGUCAUGGCCGCCAGAGACGCAACGACGAUGAAUAUGAUAAUGACGACCGGUACUGA